AUGGAGGGAGGCGAGGGGAGCGGCGUGUCUAAGCCGGGCGCCGGCCGGGCAGAGGAGGCCCCGCCCCGCUCAGGAGGAGGAGGAGGAGACGCCUGCAGGCACAACGGACUCAUCAACACUCGCAGCGUGGCGCCGGAGCGCAGGGAGGCGCCGCACGCCGUCUAUUCAGCUCCACAGUACCAGGGCCACGCGGCGGGGCCCCUCCCCGCCCCCAGUCCCACCCAGCAGGAGCCCGGCGGGACAGGAGGAGGAGGAGGCGGGGCUCCCCAGCUCCUCAACCCUAGUGCGCUCCCUCAGGUGGUGGCGGCGGACCCUCGGCUCCGCGGCGCCGCGGGCCUCGUGCUCUGCUCGGACAGCGUGCUGCGGGUGUGGGCGGGGGAGGGGGGCGACUGCUGCGAGACCACCUUCAUCGAGGGCCUGGCCGACGGCGCCUGCCCCGCUGCCUCGGGGGCCAAGGAGGCGCUGAUGCUGGCUGAUGGGAAGUUCCUGGACCUCUCGGCCGAAGACGCCAAGAUCCAGACGCUGUCGUACGACAUCGACGACGACGACGAGUUCCAGGAGCUCGAGAGCGACUACUCCAGCGAGUCGGAGAGCGAGGACGCCUUCCUGCUGAUGCCUCCCAGAGAUCACCUGGGCCUCAGCGUCUUCUCCAUGCUCUGCUGCUUCUGGCCGCUCGGCAUCGCCGCCUUCUACCUGUCGCACGAGACCAACAAGGCGGUGUCUAAAGGAGACUUCCACGUGGCGAGCUCCAGUUCGCGGCGGGCUCUCUUCCUGGCGGUUCUGUCCAUCACCAUCGGGACGGGCAUCUAUGUGGGCGUGGCCGUGGCCCUCAUCGCUUACCUCUCCAAGAACCACCACUUAUAG